AUGACCAUUGGAUUGCUCAACGCAUCAUCUGCUGGCCUUCAGAUCUAUAUGGCUUUGAGCCCUGAGGGUUUGGAUGAGUUUUGUAUGCGUUUCGGAGUGUUGGAUGAAUGUUCAGUUGUGCUGGCAACUCCGCAUUUGCGACACAAGCAGUCGCUUUUGCGAAAACUCCGAGCUCGCAUUUGCAACUUUGACAGAGCUGGACGAAUUGGUCAUGGUCAUGGCCAUCAUCACCAUGGAUCAUUUUCGACUAAAGUUGGAGUUGAUGGCACGAAAUUACUGCGAUACAGAGUGAUUGCCAUGGUGUUAGAGCUGGGAAUCAUUGUUCACUCGAUUGUGAUAGGGCUAUCUCUAGGUGCUUCAAAUAAUACUCGCACAAUUAAAGGACUUGUCGCUGCUCUUUGCUUUCAUCAAAUGUUUGAAGGAAUGGGACUUGGUGGUUGUAUUCUCCAGGCUGAGUACAAGUUUUUGAAGAAGGCAAUAAUGGCAUUUUUCUUCGCAAUAACAACUCCAUUUGGUAUAGCACUUGGUAUAGCACUCUCAAGCACUUACGAGGAAAACAGUCCACGGGCAUUAAUAACCGUCGGAUUGCUCAAUGCGUCGUCUGCUGGCCUUCUGAUAUAUAUGGCUUUGGUGGAUCUUCUUGCUGCAGAUUUUAUGGGUGACAAGUUACAAGGCAGUGUCAAGCUACAAAUCAAGUCUUACAUGGCUGUUCUUCUUGGUGCCGGUGGCAUGUCUCUCAUGGCCAAAUGGGCCUAA